AUGGAGGCCAUCGAAGAAUCGCACAUUGCAGUCAUCAUUUUCUCCAAGGACUACGCUUCCUCAGAGUGGUGCUUGGAAGAGGUGGUGAAGAUUAUGGAGUGCAAGGAGCAAAGGAACCUCACCGUUCUGCCAGUGUUUUAUAAAGUGGAACCAAGAGAAAUGAGAAAGGGAAGAAUGACUUAUCAAAGAGCUUUGGAUAAGCACGAGUCCAAGUUCAGGAAGGAUUCGGAGAAAGUGAAGAGAUGGAAGGAAGCUCUUUUCAAUGCCGAAAUUGUGAAACAGGUCUCCAAUCACCUUGACCGAACGCUUUUGCAUGUUGCUAAGCACCCGGUUGGGAUAGAAUCUCAAGUGGUUAAGGUGAAAUCAAUGUUAAAUCUUGAAUCUAAUGAUGAUGUUGUCAUGGUGGGAUUAUGGGGACAAGGGGGUAUAGGGAAGACAACCUUGGCGAAAGCCCUUUACAAUUCUAUUAUGACACAAUUUGAGGGUUCUUGUUUUCUAGCAAAUGUUCGAGAAACAUCGAAAGAUUGCAGGGAUCUAGCUACUUUGCAAGAUAUAUUACUAAAAGAUACGUUAUUACUGCAGCAAAGAUUAGAAGUAUCCAAUGUUGAUAAAUGUAUUAAUAUAAUACGAUCCAAACUUGGUCGCAAGAAAGUUCUCCUCAUCCUUGAUGAUGUGGAUGACCUGCGCCAGUUAAAUGCUUUAGCAGGAGAAGGUGAGUGGUUUGGUAAUGGGAGUAGGAUCAUCAUUACCACAAGAGAUAAACAUUUGCUAACUUGUCAGGAGAUAUAUCAAGAUCAUGUGUAUGAAGUUAAAGCACUAGAUGACAAUCAAGCUCGUGAGUUGCUUGGUAAGCAUGCUUCUCAGACGCACCAAAUCAAAAUAGAUCUAGUAAAUGGGGCUCUGAAUUAUGCUAAAGGUCUUCCUUUAGCACUUGAGGUGUUGGGUUCCUUAUUAUGUGGUAAAACAGAAGAUGGGGUGGACAAGACAGUAUACAAAGAAAGUUCUCGAAAGUUGCGAUCUUGA